AUGGCGACCAUCCCAAGGACAAUCCCUGCUUGGGCUGAGUCUUAUCAUCAACACCGUGCAGCGCCCCCUGGUCGCCCAAAGGAUCUCCUGCAACGACAUUACACAGUACACGGGCGUAAUCAGAACAAUGAAGAGGGCCUUCCGAUCCAAGGAAUAAUACCAAAGUCGGCCGGCCGAACGCCUAUCGCCUGUAGCAAUUGCGCAAAGACAAAGACGAAGUGUGACAAGAAGUUUCCGUGCAGCCGAUGCGCACAGAGGAACCUCAAGUGCACACUACGGCCGACUCGAAGAGCGUCGAAGAACGUGAACAGGGUCGGUGUCCCACCUGAGGGUGCGUCAAGUGGGAGCUCGAGCGAGAAUGGAGGCAACCCAGAGCCUCAGAACAACUCAGCAGGCAACUCUCCUGCUCGUGAAGUGCAGCCUCCACAGGCGAACGGACAGCCGUCACCUGUGCUGUUACGGCAACAACCUUCACAGGUGCCCAAUGGUCUACCACAACGGCAAUCGCAGUCACCGUCAGCACCACAGUCAAGACAUUCUUCCAUAUCUCAGCCCGUUCAGCCGGCUCCGAACCCAACACCAGAAGAGAAACACCUUCAGCUGCCGCUCUCUCACACUACUCCUCCCUUCUUCGACCAGUCACCACCAAACACAAUACCACAGCCGCCUACACUUCUUUCGCCGCUGCCAACGCCUGGGAACAUGGUCAAUGGCUUCAUGACCUCGACACCCAUGUCUGGAUACGACGACUUCGUACGAGCUGGCGGUCAAUCGGAUCCUGGGACAAGUCCUUUCAUGAUGGAUCCUUGGAGCGGUAUGCCUAUGGGCGCUGAAUUCGAUCCCAUGCGGAUAGAUCCUUCACUGAUGCUGUCUAUGAACAUGGACAUUAGCAUGGGUCCUCCUUCAGAGGGGAUCCUUGGUAUGAUUCCCGAAAUGUCACCUACGCAGGCAUUCGGACCAGUUCAAACACCUCUUCAAACACCACGAAUGGAUGAAACGUUCUCAGAUCUCCAGAUCGGCAGUUCGGCGUCGAUGUUCUACCCGUCCAAUCGACAUUCGUCCAUCGCAGAUGCAGGCAUCCCAGACCUCGGUGCUAUCGUUGCUGCACAGGAUGGCUGGACUGUGUUUCGCUGCACUCCUCCUAUUCCGUCGAGCUCGUGUCCUCGCACUGCACGGCUAAACCUCGAGCGAUUGGAGCUCAGUCUGAAAAACCAUGAAGGCUGGAGCAACUGGUCGCCCGCCUGGGAUGAGUCAGAUUUCCAACAAGAAGGUCGGGUAAUGAUUGCAAAGCUCCAGGAGAACACAAGAGACAAGCUUCUUGCGAUAACUCAGAGCUUUUUGCACAAGGCUCUUGACAUCCACAAAGAUGCAAUGAGCACCUCUUCGAGCAGCGGCGAGUCUCCAGGAUCCAGCACAUCCCUUUCGAACUUCAUCAUUCUGCCACCUGCUCGAGUUCUUGAGUACUUCCUCAAAUCCUACGCUAACUCCUUCGAGCGCUACUUUCCUACUUCGUCUCGUGGGCUUCUGGACACCAAUGAGCUGAUGCAGAAUUACAACGACAAGGCUUCGAGCCUGUUGAUUCUGAUGAUGAUUGCUCAAGGUGCAAUGGCGAUUCCUUCGAUGGAAGCGAGGUGGUUGACGGGCGGCAUCACCGAGGCUUGUCGCAUCUCGUUGUUCGAUCUCAUCGAGAAGAACAUCAUCAUGGCUGGUGACCCCAUUGUUCUUCGCGCGGCCCUCCUCUUCACCGUCCAGGCUGCCUGGAGUGGCGACAAGUGGCAGAUGGACAUCGCCAUGGGACAGCGAGGAAUGUACUUCUCGAUGCUGCGACAUUCGGGUAUCUUAGAUGCUCGCCCGGUAGCUACACCUCAAAUGAAUGGAGGUAUGUCGACAGAGGUAUUGUGGCGGGAGUGGCUGCAGCAGGAAGCCAGAAGUCGCCUCAUCUACUCUUGGGUCAUGGUUGAUCAAGACUUGUCACUCUUCCACGACUCAGCUCCUCUGUUUUCUGUCACAGAGUGCGGUGCUCCAAUGCCCGACUCGGACAGUCUCUGGCAAGCUCCAAAUGCCGCUGAGUGGUCUCAGAUCUUCAACCAAGUCCACGAAUUCUCCAACGGCUAUCCUUCAGUCGGUUCUGGAGCCAGACCAGCAAGUCUGAAAGAGCUCUUCCGUCAAUUCCUAGAUGACGAAAUCAUCGUCCAGGAUGUUCAAGAGAUCCACCUCACCCCCAUGCACUUGCGUCUGCUGCUCCACCCACUGCAGACUCUUGUAAACCAAUACUGCCAACUUUUGAGCUGCUUUUCCGAUAGCGUAGCUUCGAGGUCUCGCAACAGAGCGCUCACUGCGGCGUCGACUCGGGUUCGUCUCGAGGAGGUGCAAGCCCUUUUGGGACGCUGGUUCGACCUCGCACAGAGAUACCUCAAGGCCAACACGAUGUGCCCUCUGAUGCAAGCAAACCUUGUCAUGUUCCAUCUCAUCAGCAUGAAUGCCGUGACCAACUUCCCAGAGAUUGAGAAGUUAGCACGACGAGAGGGCGUUGAUGGUACGUACCAGCAGAUGUUGUGGCUUCACAAGAAGUGCAUCUCGGAUGUACAGGAAGCCAUCACGCAUGCCGGACAAGUGCUUCGUCUGGUCAGAGAGAUGCCGCGAGGCAUUCGUCCCCCUUGGUGGCCUGGCGCAAUCUACCGAGCCUCUCUUGUCCUGUGGACGGAUGCAUUGACUCACAACGAGUCCGCUGGUCUUCGGCAGCAAGGUGCAGCCUUCCCGGUUGACCGCCUGCCAGCAGAUCAUCAGACAGUUCUCAAGUACCUGUCUCGUCGAGAUGGCAUUCCCACUUUGACAAAAUUGGAUGGCACGCCGGUCCCACUCGACAACGGCUUCUCGGUACUGUCGCACUGCAUCGACGUGAUCGAUGAAGGUGUAGCGACAAGGUUCUCGGAUGGCAUCCGCAGUAAACUGGAGAAGCUGGCACGAGGCUAG